AUGGGUUGGUUCGACGGUAAAUCGUCCGUUUCCUCAGCAGGCUAUACACGCCGGCGGUCGCCAACACACCACAAGUCCGAACACAAGUCCGGGUUUUCCACUCACCACUCGCGACACUCGGCGCCAACCUUCUUCACCGGACUCGGCGGUGGACUGGGCGGGAGUCGAACAGGCGGCCGAGCAAGCCCUUCUGUCUUCUCCUCGUUCUCCUCGUCUUCUCGACGCGCCCGACCCCGUGAGGGCUUCGUGCAGCGUAUGAUCCGCGACAUCAAGAAGCUGUUCCGUGACAUUUAUCGGUACAUGCGCCGCAACCCGAUGAAGGUGUUCAUGAUGGUCAUUGUGCCUCUGUUGACCAGCGGUGUUCUGCCGAAGCUGCUGGGCUUGAUUGGCAUUCGGCUGCCGCAUGCUGUGAUCUCCGCUUUGGGUGGUAGUGUGCCGAAGCCUGCUGGAUAUGCUGAGGCCGGUGGCCGUGGCAUCUCUGAGAACAUCAACAGCCUCAUGAGCAUCGCCAAGAUGUUUGCUUAG